UUUAUAAGUAAAAGAUUGGUUUUACCCAAUAAAAGUUAAAUAAAGUCUUCGAUUAAUUUAAAAUUGCUUCAUUAAAAUUUAUUAUGGAAUAAAAGUGAGAAGAAGCUUCAAGUUUUUAAAUAAAAUCCUUAAUAAAAGAAAAAAAAUUAAUUAACGAUGUUUAAUGUGUUUUAAAAGCUUGUAACUCAACUAAGCUUUGCAAUUUGUAACUCUGACAAUGUAUUAUCAUCUUAAUCUGAUCAUGAACAUUUCAAUUUAAUCAAUUCAUUGGCGCGACUCGCAACAAAAACAAGUAACGAAAGUAAACGCACUUUAUGCCAUCUCGACUUUCAAAGCAAGAAUGGACAGAAUUGAAAUAAAUUUCAGCGUCACACCGGCAUAUUCAUCAACGCCGACAGUUCUCAAUGAUGCUAUGUCGAAAACAAGCAACCAUCCGAGCAUCGCAUAUCAAACAACGACGAUUUACAGUCUAUCGUCAACGACACCGAUUUCUGCUGAUUCAUCCGUCAUUACAACAACUGAAAAUGCUACUAAUGAUGAGAUUAAUCAAUUCUACUUUUAUGAGACUGAACAGUUUACAGUAUUGUGGAUACUUUUUGCGACAAUUGUUCUGGGCAACAGUGCAGUUUUGAUAACUUUGUAUUUAAAUAAAAGGAAAUCAAGAAUGAAUUUUUUCAUAAAGCAACUGGCAUUUGCAGAUUUGAGCGUUGGUUUAUUCAACGUUUUGGUUGAUAUUGGAUGGCGUUUCACUGUUACAUGGGAAGCAGGAAAUAUCGCAUGUAAAGUUAUUAAAUUCCUCCAAUGUAUGACUACGUAUGCGUCGACAUAUGUUUUAGUUGCAUUAAGUAUUGAUCGAUAUGACGCAAUAACACAUCCCAUGAACUUUUCCAACUGCUGGAAACGUGCAAGGUUGCUUGUGUUCUUUGCAUGGGCUCUUAGUGCGAUAUUCUCCAUUCCACUUUUUAUUUUAUACGAAGAAGCAGUAAUUCAGGGAGUGACUCAGUGUUGGAUUGAUUUGGGACCAUCAUGGCGUUGGCAAGUGUACAUGUUGCUUGUCUCCACAGUUCUCUUCUUCAUUCCAGCAAUUAUCAUAACUUUGUGUUAUGCAAUUAUCGUUAAAACAAUUUGGGCAAAAGGUACUUACAAAGUGCCAAGAGAUAGAAGAAAGCGGAACAGAAGCACAACAAGCAGUGACGAAGAUGACAGGGAAAGCCGGCGGGCAAGUUCUCGUGGCAUUAUUCCACGUGCCAAAGUGAAGACUGUGAAGAUGACAAUUGUGAUAGUUAUUGUGUUUAUUGCCUGUUGGUCUCCCUAUAUUGUCUUUGAUCUUCUUCAGGUCUUUGAACAAAUUCCAAAAUCACAGACGAACAUUGCAUUAGCAACAUUCAUUCAAAGUCUUGCACCCCUUAAUUCAGCAGCAAAUCCACUGAUUUAUUGUAUGUUUUCAGCACAAGUAAUGCGAGGAUUAAAACGAACGAAACCUUAUAGAUGGCUGAGAAAAGUUUUAUGCUGUAAAGGAACGAGUGAAGAAUCAUCGCAUAAAAUGCUACGCAAUCAAAGAACCUUAACUAGCUCCACUCUUACCACAUCCCUUACUUCAUCAUCCACCCGCACAACAUCCCUUCUAAGGCCAAAUAAAAUCGUCAAUUUCCAUCAUCAAACUGGAGACGCGAGCGAAAUGAAUGGAAGAUGACAUCAAAUCAAAGACUGUUACGAGCUGUAUGCAUGAAAGGACUCCCAUGAUGAUUAUGAGAAAUGUUGACCCUUUCAGAAUGGUAUUGUGUCUGAUGAAAUCUGUUUCCAUUUGUCCUCAAUCUCCGUUCUUGAAUAUCUUUCUCAACGACAAAGUUACAAGAUACUUAUUAGAAAUAACAAGAGGAGAUGUGUAGGAUGUAUACUGAUACGAAAUAAAUGUUUCUGUGUUGAUUUGAUGUAAGUCAUUGUGAAACAAACAAAUAUACUAAUAGAUAUGUGAGAGAUAUUUUAGAUCAGGAUGUCAUAAACUGUUGUUUUAAAUUCAUUUAUUUAUUUUCUCUUUAGAAUCUUUUGAAUCUUUAUAUCCAUAUUGUAGUUGCUGAAAUAAAAACACAGAAAUUAAAUUGUCGUAGAGAAGCGAUAAAAUGUAUUCAAUUGAAUAAGAAAUAUUUCUACACGCAAUUUUAUGUUUUCUUUGCUGCAUAAAUAAAUAUCUCAAGCCAAGACUUAUUAAA